AUGGCAACCAAAAACUUGCAAGUCGGCUGGUAUGGCCUUGGAUCAAUGGGUAAACCCAUGGCAGAGAAUCUGCAAAAGUACUUGGCCAAGAAUGAUCAGAAGCUCAUCUUCAACAACCGUACAAUGGCUUCUGGCGAUGACUUGAAGGGUCUUGGCGCAACUCCAGCGGAGAGUUUCGGCGAGUUGGUCAAGAAGAGUGAUGUGGUGUUCACAAUGGUCAACAACGACGCAACACUCAACACUCUUCUCCAACAAGCCUACGACACCAAAGACCUCUCCGGCAAAAUCUUCGUCAAUUGCUCAACCGUACACCCAGACACGACAAAAUCUGUUUCCGAGCAGAUUGCAUCGCACAAGGCAACUUUCCUCGCCGCACCCAUGUUCGGCGGCCCUGCAAUCGCCGCACCGGGAAAACUUGUCGUUGCUAUUGGUGGCCCUUCCGCUGCUGUCGAGAAAGUAAAACCUUACUUCCAGGACGUAAUUGCCAGAAAGGUCAUUGUGUGCAAGGAAGAACCGCAGAGUGCGAGUAUGCUCAAGAUUGCUGGCAACAUCAUUACAGUCAACCUCAUGGAAGCAGUCAGCGAAGCCCAAGUCUUUGCCGAACAAACCGGCAUCGGCUGCGGUCCUAUGGAAGAACUCAUCACCGAGGGCUUUGGCCCCGUCGCCGGUGGAUACUCAGGCCGCAUGACAAGUGGAAACUACGCACCUGCUCUCGACAAGCGCCCUGGCUUUGGCGUGUCGCUCUCAAUCAAAGAUGCAGAUUAUGCUGUCGCUAUUGCUAAGGAAAAGGGAGUCAAGUUGCCGGCUACGGAGGUGGCGAACAAGAAUAUGAAGAAGGCGAGGGAGGGACAUGGUGAGGUGUUGGAUUGUGCGAGUAUGUAUGGAACGCUGAGGGAGGAGGCUGGGUUGAGCUUCUUCAAUGAGAAGAGUAGGCAGAGUGAUGAGUAA